UGUUUCAUUCAUUCAUAUCUAUGAUUACUGGUUUCCUGGGUUAGUUUUUGUGGUUGUUCUACUCUCUAAUUGCUCUGCCUUCUCGAUCUCUCUCUUCCUCUUGUCGACAAAGCAUAACGUUUUCAGAUUCAUUUAGACUAGUUUAAUUUAAUUGAUUAUUUUCCUUUUUGUACCUUUGUUUAUUUCUGGUAGCUCGUGGUUUCCAUGAUGAAUCAUUGAAUUGUGACGCAUUUGUCCGUUUCAAAAAUAUUUGCGUUUAUAUCACAUAUAUGGUAGAGUUUUUUUUUCUUGUUGUUUAUCUCUGCUUUUCGCGGUUUAUCGGUGAUCUGUGUUUUGAGUGAACCCGAGCUUUGAGGCUUGGGGAACUGAGGAUCCGAAAAGCUAAUGGCAGGUGAGAAUGGCAGUGAUGCUGGACUCCACUCGAGUCCUUAUCUGCAGAAAUUAAGACUCUACGAGACUCGCUCGAAUUUCUAUAUGAUUGGAAGAGACAAGAAUAGAACUCUUUGGAGGGUACUAAAGAUUGAUCGAUCGAACCCUUCCGAAUUAACUGUUGUUGAAGAUUCUACGGCAUACUCGGAAAUUGAAUGCUGUGAUCUGUUAAGAAGGAUACACGAGGGAAACAGGUCCUCGGGUGGACUUAAAUUUGUGACAGCUUGUUAUGGAAUCGUUGGGUUUGUGAAAUUUUUGGAAUCUUAUUCCAUGAUGCUGAUCACCAAAAGGAAGAAGAUUGGUGCAAUUUGUGGCCAUACUAUCUAUGCCAUCUCCAAGAGCGAGAUGAUUCCAAUUUCAAAAUUUCCUAUCCAAUCCAAUAUGGCUUAUUCUAAGAAUGAAAAAAGGUACAAGAAGCUCCUUUCAACAGUGGAUCUCACAAAGGACUUCUUUUUCAGCUACACCUACAAUGUCAUGCAUAGUCUUCAAAGAAAUUUACGCAGGAAUGAAACAGGGCUUCUACACUAUGAAUCAAUGUUUGUUUGGAAUGAGUUCUUAACUCGAGGGAUUCGCAAUACUCUCAAGAACACUCUAUGGACUGUCGCAUUGGUAUAUGGCUUCUUCAAGCAGGUGAGACUUUUUGUCUCUGGCAAGAGUUUUUUCUUGACUCUAAUUGCUAGACGUUCUCGUCAUUAUGCUGGGACAAGAUACCUGAAACGUGGAGUAAAUGAGAAAGGUAGAGUGGCAAAUGAUGUUGAGACAGAACAAAUUGUGUUUGAAGAUGUUAAUGAAGGGUGCCCUUCAAAAAUAAGUUCUGUUGUGCAGAAUAGAGGUUCUAUCCCACUUUUCUGGUCUCAGGAAACUUCACGCUUGAACUUGAAACCUGACAUUAUAUUAUCAAAGAAGGAUCCUAAUUAUGAGGCCACAAGACUACAUUUCGAAGAUCUUGAUAUGAGAUACGGAAAUCCAAUAAUCAUCUUGAAUUUGAUAAAGGGGAGUGAGAAGAAACCUCGCGAAACUAUUCUUCGCACGGAGUUUGCAACAGCCAUCAGACUUAUUAAUAAAAGCUUAUUCAAAGAGAACCGUCUGAGGUUCCUUCACUGGGACCUAAACAGACACUCCAGAAAAGCUACAAAUGUACUGGCACUUCUAGGCAGAGUGGCUGAUUAUGCAUUAAACUUAACGGGCAUAUUUUACUGUCAAGUAACACCAAAUUGUACACAAGAUGGGUUGUUGACUUUGUCUUGCUCAGUGCAAAAUUAUGAGUCCCCUGCCAAGUCUUCGUCUGACAAAACUGAUGAUAUUGAUAAGUUUGAAACAGAUGUUGCUAAUGACAAUGAGAAAUGUAGUGAGACCGUAAAACAUCCCAUGUUUCAAACUGGAGUACUCAGAACCAACUGCAUUGACUGUCUCGAUCGCACUAAUGUUGCUCAAUAUGCCUAUGGAUUGGUUGCUCUUGGACGCCAGCUUCAUGCCAUGGGCUUGACUGAAUCCCGAACUAUUGAUCAAAAUAUUCCUUUGACUGAGGAUUUAAUGGGAGUUUAUGAAACAAUGGGUGACACACUUGCUUUACAGUACGGUGGUUCUGCAGCUCACAACAAGAUAUUUUGCCAAAGGAGAGGCCAAUGGAAAGCAACAACUCAAUCCCAGGAAUUCCUUAGAACUUUGCAACGUUACUAUAACAAUGCAUAUAUGGAUGCGGAGAAGCAAAGUGCCAUCAAUUUGUUCUUGGGUAACUUUCAGCAACAAGAGGAUAAACCAGCGCUCUGGGAGUUGGAUUCAGACCAACACUACUGUGUGGGAAGGCAUGAUCCUAAUCUUUGUAAUGAGAAUGCUAGGCCAUCUUUUAAAAGAUCACUGUCAGAUGGCAACAUUGUCACUGAAACGGACUCUCCCUUGGGUGAUUCAAAUAUUGGACACCAUCAGCCUUUGUCUGAAAAUAGAGAAACUUUGCGUGGUCUUUCUGAGUCCACGCCAGCGAUCACAAUGUCUGAAAUUUCUUAUUCCAGAAUGUCUUGCAGGCAACUUUUCGGAGAAGAGGACCAGGUAUAUUAUGAUGAAAAUGGUAAUGAAUGUAAUUGCACUAAUUUCGAUCUGGAAUGGCUUUCAUCAUCAGGAAAUUCAUGUGAUGAGGAUAUUUUUGACAGGUUUACAACGAGGUUAUCCUCUGAAAAUAUUGGUGCUGAACUAAAUGUUGGUAUGACUACAUCUCCAAGUGAGUCCGGUUCAAGCAUAAAGGGAGGGUACCGAACUGCAUCUGAACUCAGUAUUCUGGAUGAAUUUCCAGAGGGCUUUGUGAAUUGGGUAACUCAUGGAGAUAUGCUUACUCCUUUAAAUUUGACAUCGAAGUAGCUUCAAGAUAAAAAAACAUUUCCCAACCAAAUCGAACUCAUCCAAAGGAUGUGAGUUCAUUUCAGUUUAAAGUAAAAAAUUGUGAGAUUAAACUGUGAAAGAAGUGAGAGUUGUGGUGACUUGCGUUGAGGUUAACGCAAGUGAGGCUGCCCUGAGAAGAAAAGAGUUGUGGCUUCUUCCGAUGAAAAAAGUAGGUUUCAACUAGGGAUACCAGAACAGCAUGGUAAAUUUCAACCAGGGAUGGCAAUCAAGCAGGCCGGGGAUAGGUUUUGAAGGAAGCAGAACUGGUACAUUGCUGUGAUUUCUUUUGGAUCUUUGACCAACUCAGUCUGCAAAAGACUGUAAACGUUAAAAGGCACAGGU